AUGGCCUGGCAGCUCCACGUGCAGGAGGCCGCUCGCCGGCAGCGCGCGCUCCACCAGCAGCAGCAACAGGAGGACGACGAGACGCAGCAGCUGCGUGUAGGUGUACGACCCGCUCACGCGUCUUCUAACUGGAUCGACGUGUGUACGGACCGCAGCUUUGUCGAGCGCAGUCGUCGCCGCAAAGUAACGAGCGGUGCUGUGAAGACCCACGAGCGCUAUGUACGACGGGACGUACACUGCGGUGUGGCCCUCUGUGCCACAUGUCGCGCUGAGCGUGCGCUGCUUCCUGAUCACGUGCUGCCGAGAGUCGAAGGGGGCGAGUACGUGGUGCCCGAUGCGCUCAGUCUCUUGCAGUGUGUGGAGCUGCUGAUGGAGACAGAGACUGCGUUUUGCCGCGUUGCACCGCGUCUGUGGGUGAUUGAAAGUGUGUUCCAAGCUGCGCUGCGCAUAGCGCCGAUUCGGGAUGCGGCGAGACUGAGGCGGGUCGUCCGAGGGGACGGCCAAACAGGCCCCGAUGGCACGGCGAGGCUCUACUUUUUCCCAGAUCAGUACCAUGUCGACACUUUUGUGCACGAUGGAGGUGGUGGCAGAGACCAGCCACAGUUGAUGCGAGAAGACCGGGCGUUGCUGAAGGCAGUGGAGUGGCUGGUGACGCAGCACCACCUUCCGUCGAGUGCACAAGUGGUGGUCAUGACGAGGAAUGCCGACAUUGUUAAGCGUGUGAAACUUGCUGCUUUGGCGAACGUCCGGGCCAUCGAGUGUGCGGAUUUCUUAUACGAGAGACUGCCAGUAUUCUCGAUGGAUGCGGAGUGCAUGUCCGAUCUGGCGGAUCGCACGGCCGGAGCUGUGUGGUCUGUAAAAACACAGCGCGAACCAGAUGAAGACGGCAAUCUAGGUUUGACAGAAACUGGGUUUGGACGGCAUUUGAAAUCCACUCAGCUAAACCAGCUAUUAGCGAAAGUUCCUUCGAGAUUUGUUGCAGGGCAACUCGAAGUGAGCGCUUAUAAUCCGAUGGAAGCGUAUGUCGUUGUCGACGGACCACACGCGGUCGAGAAAGUGUUUUUACCUGGACGAUCUGCAAGGAACCGUGCCAUCCACGGCGAUCGCGUCGUGGUGGGGAUACGUCCCACGAAGGAUUGGCACGCACCGCUUAGUGACCGGAUGUUGGUAUACUCUGACGAGCAGGAACACGAAGACGACCUUGAUGGUACUGAUCUGCAAGGUGGUGGGCACAAAUCUGGGUUGAUCCCAACAGGCCAAGUUAUGGGUAUCCUAAGUCGCGCACCGAAGUAUCAUGUGGCUACCAUUGUUGCGUCAACUGUAAACGCAGGAGACGACUACGCGCUGGCUGUGCCAAUGGACCACCGACUUCCCAAGAUCCGUUUGCGCUCGCAACGACUAGAUGUGCUACUUGACAAACGUCUCAAGGUCGUGAUCGACAGCUGGGCUACUGACAGUUUGUAUCCGAAUGGACACUACGUUGGCAUUCUUGGCGCUGCUGGAAGUUUGCAAGCGGAACUCAGCGCAAUUCUCAUCGACAACGAGAUCGAGGAAGCACCAUUUGGUGAAGCAGCAUUAGCUUGUCUUCCGUCAAGUGACGAGUGCCUGAUUGACAUCGAAGGUGAUUGUGUGGCUGAGUGCUCGACAGCGAAACGGCCGGCUCGGUGCGAGCUGCUAACCUGGAAAGUUCCUGACGAAGAGGUUCCGCGACGCCGGGACCUGCGCGAAACGCACCGCGUUUUCAGCGUCGAUCCGCCUGGCUGCCAGGACAUAGAUGAUGCCAUGUCGGUUCGACGCUUGCCGAAUGGGAAUGUGGAGCUUGGUAUACACAUCGCAGACGUGUCAUACUUCGUUCAGCACGGUUCGGCAUUGGACUUAGAAGGCAGACGUCGUGGUACAACAGUGUACUUGGUGGGCCAGCGGCUCGACAUGCUUCCUUCAGUGCUAAGUGCGGAUUUAUGCUCGCUUCAUGAGAAUCGAGACCGGUUCGCAGUGAGUGUCAUAUGCGAGCUAGAUCGUGAGACUUACGAUGUCGUGGAGAAUUCAGUGUGGUUCGGGCGCACUAUCAUUCGCAGCUGCUCGUCCAUGACGUACCAGCAGGCCCAUCGUUUGCUUCAGGGUGCGAAUGCUGACGUUGACGAUUCGUCACUGGCUGAGCGCGUCGAAGGUGUUGCAGGAGGCCGUAUACCACUCGGACUUCAGCAACAAAUUCGAGAAGACCUUGGCAUUAUCACUGAUAUUGGCCGUCGUCUAGGCCGUGUGCGUGGCUCGCAAGGUGGAUUAGACUUAUCAAAGCAGGAGGAAGUGCAGUUCUCUGUGGACGCGUCAAAGGUGGGCACAGAAGACGUGGAAGUCACAGUGAAGGAGAGCCUAGAGAUUCACGGCACGAUCGCUGAGUUGAUGAUUUUUGCAAACUCGACUGUAGCUCGCCAGCUUGUGGAGCACUUUCCGACUCGCGCGCUAUUGCGCAGGCACCCACCGCCGUCUGGAGACCGGUUCGCGCAGCUCGUUCAACUCGCUAACGCACGUGACGUCGUCAUUGAUGCUACGAACAAUUUCACUCUGCAGCAGUCACUUGCGGCAGCAGAACGCUCAGAGCGGAUGGACUCAAAGACAAUGGCACUUCUGAAGUCUCUUGCAGUGCGUGUGAUGACUGAGGCUGAAUACGUGAGUUCUGGGGCGAUAGUAGCCGGAGACGCCGCAACAGCGAACGGCGACGUGACACGCUUUGCCCAUUAUGGUCUCGGAUUGCAAUACUACACGCACUUCACGUCGCCCAUCCGCCGUUACGCCGAUGUCAUCGUGCACCGGCAGCUGCUGGCGUCGAUUGCAGCGUCCAGCACUUCUCAGACCACGGUCCGUCAGCGUUCAGCGGGUAAAAUGUCGGCGCCGUUGGUGCUGCCAAAGUCACUUGCCCCCUCGGUCCUGGAAAGUGUCGAGGACGUGGACUUUCUCGAUGAUCUCGUUGCGUCGGUUGACUCUCAGCUUCAAGUAUCAGCUCUUCCGUCAGCUCAAGCUCGUGCACGUGGCAAUGCGACCACGGGUGAUCUUUUUCCACCGGAAGAGUUGGUGCCACUUGUCCACCACCUCAACAAGAAAAACAGACAAGCCAAGCUAGCUGCACGUGCUUGCGAUGCGCUGUUCCUGGCUUUGUACUUCAGCCGUCACACGGUGAAGGUGCCAGCGGUUAUCACGGCGCUCAAGCAGAACGGGCUGAUUGUCUACGUCCCAAAGUAUGAUCUCCGUGCCCCAGUGUACUUGCGCGACCGAGAUGAAGAAGUGCAAAUGAACCCCCAGUUGCUUGGUGUGCGUCUUGAAGACACCGAACCAGCUACACAGGCAUUUGCUGGAGCGGAGUGUAUCCGAAUAAUCCCAGGCGCGCGGCUUGAAUGGGACAGCAACAUCGAGCGCAUGAGCCUCAAAGUGUCGGCUCCUCGUGGUAAACACACUGUGUUUCGCAUUCUGGACGAGGUGGAAGUGCAGGUGUCAUGCGACCCCGCGGCUUCCGGAGCUCGAGUGCCGCAGCUCCAGUUGCUCCUUGUUGGACGAGGAAGUGCUACGCACAAAAGCCGUGCUGCGUCAUCGCUGUCGGAGCUCCAGCGCGUUGUUCAAGCUGAGAGCGACGUCACGAGCGCUCCGAAUGCUACCAUGAAAGUCACCAUGUCAGAGCCGAGCGCAGUUGCUCGAGAGUAUCCGGAAUCGAACCUGUACCAGCUUCUGCUGAACGCUCCUGACCUCUCUCAUCUAUCGGUGAAGAAGUUGGCUCGGCGCGAGCCGAUACCGGAAGGUGAAGAGAAGAAGGCUGGGACCAAGCGCAGAGGUCCUGGUCGUCUAGUCUUUGGGAACUUCUCAACCAGCUCGCGUCGUCACUACCAACACAAGCUUGCACAAUACAUGGACGAGCGAACGGAGGCGCGCGAAGAAGAACUCAGCAUUCUGCGUGUUGCUACCAGCUCUUCUGCGACGACCUCGGCACAGGAAGCUCGACGUGCGGAACGUGAAGCACUCGUCCGCACGCAGAAGUUGGCUGCCGAAAAGCGACACGAUCGAAUCAACCGACGCAACAAGGCUGGCAAGUGA